AUGCUCCCCUUCGUCUUCUACCUAAUAUGGGCUCUCGUUGCUAUAUUCCCCUCCCACGUGAUAUCCAAACCAACUUCAACCUCUCUGCUACCGCCUGAACCGUCUCCUUCAUCUAUAAUAGACUAUUUGUCUUCCGAGGUUCAAUAUUCAUACUUUCUUAGGCAUCUCCAGCGGAACGGGUUGAUUCCUGCGGUGAACGAACUACAAAACGUGACGCUUUUUGCUCCUGUGAACCUGGCGUUUGUGGACGAUGAGGUGCUUCGAAACGAUACCAGGGAGAACCUCUUGCGGUACUUUGCAGACCAGAAACUACGCAUUGGGUACUUGGAUACUCGGGAUCUUGUGGCUGACUCGAAGUAUGUUUUGAGGGAGAGUCAUGGCCGUAAUAUCACGUUCCCGUUGAAGUUGACCGCAGAUCUUGAACAGCAGCAGUACUAUGUUAAUGACGUUGCUCAGGUUGUGGAGUUUGAUUUCUACGCCAAACACCAGCAUUCGUUCGUUCAGGCGAUCGACCAGCUACUCCCGCUCCAGCCAAGCAUAUGUGAGCUUUUGUUGGACGGAAGUACGGAUUAUAUUAAUGGGCAUAAGAUGAGCUUUGUGAAGGGUCUUUUUCAGCUGGUCUUCUUGCAUCCAAAGGUCCAUGGCCCGGGAUGUGUGGACUUUUUGGGAAACACAUCUACGAUUCUUCUACCGCUGGAUGCUUUGGUGGAACAGUCGCUUCUGGAGGCGGAAAUCCGCUACUAUACGUCCUUACACAGAGUUCUCAUGGAUAGACAUCUAGAUACGUCGAGAGAUGCCAUCAAUGAGAUUUCCGCUGACAUUCUGGAAAUGCUCAGGGCAUGGCUUAUACCAGAACUUGUGGAUGGAGUCAACGGAACGCAUCCGGUGGUUGAUUCUACGGGUAAGAAAAAGAAGAAGAAACCGAAGAAGCCCGUUGUGCAGCCUCCCAAGUACGACAUUGCCCUUGAUGACGAAACAAACCAGAUUAUCGUCAAUGGUAUUAUUGCAUCUUCCCUCAACUCGACGGGUCUUACUGCCAGAGACGGAAUUGUUCAUAUUUUCGAUGCGGAGAGUAAUGAUCCCGAGAGUUCCUUCUUCACAGCAUUGAAUUUCACCAUUCCAGCUCUUGUACCGCACAAGGUACUCUACUCAUUGCAUUAUUCACAGUUUGUGAACGAACUUAAUUUUAGAAAGCUUGGUAAGCUCAUAAAUGGAAAGACCACCAACCAGACCAUUCUAUUGGAUGUGGCUGAUCGUGACGAUUUUCAGGAUGACGAUGAAUUGGCCAUUGCAGGUUUCAGCAACAAACAGAAUGCUCUUUACAAGUUCAUGGAGGGUCAGUUGGAUACCGUCCAGGAUUUACAGUCCACUCAAAGGUACCAACGUCUUUUGACAUCCAAGCUCUGCCUGAACAAACGUAUCGGUCUGUGUUUCAAGGUCAAGGUAACCGGCAGCUCCCAUGAAGGAAAGAUAAUCACCACUUUUAAUAAUGAUAUCCGUGCAUACGGCGAUCCUUACAGAGCUGUUGGAAACACCACCAUUUAUAUUGGAGACAAGACGCUUUCGCCGCCUUCGUCUCUCAAGCAUACAUUGGCAGAACUUCUCACAGACGGCGCUGUCAAUGGAAGAUUAGAACAUAUUGAGAUUGAUAAGGAGUUUUGCAUGUGGACCUUGGAGCACUUAAGCACUCAUGGGCUUAAUGUGGUCAAGGAUAAUUAUAAAGGCUACUCUGUCAUUCUUCCGUGUGGUCACACUCUUUGGGAACCUUUCUCUGGUAUGAAGGAUAGUCCACAAGAAGUGUCCAUUAAGAAUCUCGGGCUUGUUUUAAGGUACUUGGAAGCACAUCCAAAGAAGAUGAAGGAUGUACUCAAGGGUUUAUUUAUUGAGGAUGUCAUCUAUUCGGAUUUUGGCCUCGAAGACGAUAUCGAGACUUCCAGGAUUGCUAAAACUCUCCGUGGAGAUGUCUUGAAUAUCAGUGAGAGCUACAGAAUGGGCGAUUUUAACCACAUGAUCAAGUUAAACGAUACCCCCCUUUCUGUGCCUCUCAAUUCGGAUGUUCUCUUCAGUCAGGGCGUGAUUCAUAUCACCGAUAAACUUAUCUUACCUCAAGACUUUCACGUCUCUGUGCGUGAUUUGCUUGAAACCACCGAGAAUAAGAACAAGAAGUACUCUCUCGUGUCGCUCAUCGAACAAUUUCCAGAGAUCAAUCACGCGUUGGGCCUUGAUAAGAAGAAUGUGGCAUCUAAUUUUUCAAUUCUAGCACCUAAGCCUGAGCUGCUUGAGUCAAUGAACAUUACUGCUGACUUCAGACGUCUUCCAGAGUUUCUUGCACUUCAUUUGUUACGUAACGAAGACGCCUUAACGCUCAAGCGUUGUAUUAACCAGCCAUUUGAAACGAAUCAAACAUUCACAAUCCAGACUAACCGCUCUGAUGGUAUUUUCAGUUGUCGCAAGAACCACGAUAAUGGCAAGACGUACUUGAAGUUGAAGCCCCAGGAACCUUCGUCCAGCCUUUCAGCAUUUGGAUACAACAAAGAUAAAGAGAUCAAGAUCGUGACACAUGGAUGUACCUCUGCGGCCCAGAACGCCAGUUGUGUCUUCUUAAUCGAGAAGCCUAUCAACUUGGCCUGGUUUUCGAAUGAUGACGAUUUCCUCCGUAUUCACAUUGGCUGGUUCAGCGUGGCGCUUGGUGUACUUUUCGGAAUCCUUCUUCUUGGCAUUCUUUUCACCACAAUUGUCGUGUUCCUAGGCAACCGUCCUAGAAAGCAGCCUCCUAAACCACUCACCACGCCUAAUGGUUUCCCCAUGCCUCCAGGCUCUACGUUCAUGAGAGUGACUUCAGACGAAGAUACACAAUUUGGAGGUUUUGACAACGGCUACGAAAGCGACGACGAUCUCAACCGAAACGAAACAGCAUCGCUUCUCCUGGCGUCUGGGCUCAGAAAGAAAGGUCGCCGCGGGUACGGCUCCAUUCGAGAAGAACGCAUGAGUUUGAGUCCAGGACACAAGCCGCAGGAUAUUCCACCUUCGGCGCCCCGAAGCAUCAAAGCGACACGGCUGUCUUUAAAAAGAGACCGUAAUUUACCGCCUCUUUAA